UUCUUCGCCCUCGACGUCUUGCUCUCUUUCCGCUGCUGCUUGUUCGCCUCGUGAGCCGCCGCCGCCGCCCCCGCAGCUGCCCUCGCCGCUGUCGCCGCAGACGCCGUCGCCGCCGCCGCACGCGGCCGCGUGCCGCCUCCGCCGCCGCCGCUGUCGUCCUCCUCCGCCGCCGCCCCCACCGCAGCCCUCUCCACCCGGCCUCUGGCGCCGGGACGCCGGCCUAGCGCCCCUCUGCUGACACAUUUCGGCGGCCACGCUUCCAGAUGUCCCAAGACACAGACGUCUUCACAGAACUGAUAAGCUGUGAUAUUUGCCUGACGUCCACGGAGCGUCGGCAGAGGCGCGGCCGGUUAGCGCAGCCCCGCAUGAGUCUCCUGGGGAAGCCGCUCAACUACCGGGCCAGUCGGCGGGACGCGCGCUACCGCCGCCUGCAGAGCCGCGUCUACAACUUCCUGGAGCGGCCGCGCGGGUGGCCCGCCAUCAUCUACCACAUGAUAGUGUUCCUGAUGGUCUUCACGUGCCUGGCGCUCAGUGUUUUCUCGACGAUCGACGAGUACGAGAAGAUGGCGAGCUUCAUCCUCUUCUACAUGGAGAUGGUCGUCGUCAUCUGGUUCACCAUCGAGUUCUUCCUGAGGCUCUGGUCCUCCGGCUGCCGUUCUAGGUACCAGGGGGGCAUCGGCCGCCUCAAGUUCAUCCGGAGGCCUUUCUGCAUCAUCGACGUGAUCACCAUCCUGGCGUCGGUGGUGGUGCUGGGCAUGGGAUCAGCCGGGCAGGUGUUCGCCGCGUCCGCACUGCGCGGUCUGCGCUUCUUCCAGAUCCUGCGCAUGGUGCGCAUGGACCGACGCGGCGGCACCUGGAAGCUGCUCGGCUCCGUCGUCUACGCGCACAGACAGGAGCUGAUAACGACGCUAUACAUCGGCUUCCUGGGCCUGAUCUUCGCGUCGUUCCUGGUGUACCUGGCGGAGAAGGAGGCGAACCCAACUCACUUCUCCAACUUUGCGGACGCGCUGUGGUGGGGCGUGAUCACCCUGUGCACCGUGGGCUACGGGGACGCGGUGCCCAUCACGUGGCAGGGGAAGGUGAUCGCGUCCUUUUGUGCGCUGCUCGGCAUUUCCUUCUUCGCGCUACCGGCGGGCAUCCUGGGCUCGGGGUUCGCGCUGAAGGUGCAGCAGCAGCAGCGCCAGAAGCACAUGAUCCGUCGGCGGCAGCCCGCGGCCACGCUCAUCCAGAGCCUGUGGCGCUGCUACGCCGCCGACGAGCACUCCAUGUCCGUGGCCACCUGGAAGAUCCACCAAGUGCCGCUGCCCAGCCCCCCUUCGGAGGAGGGGCGCAGCUUCCCCGAGCGAGUGCAGGUCAAGCUGAAGCAACGCCUGCUGGUAGUGUCGAACUCGAUGACGCGCCAGGACACCAAGGACGACGAAUGCGAAGAGCGCGUAUCUUCCAGCUUCAAGCACAACGCUUCGUUCGUGUCGCGGCUGCCCACCAUCCGCCGCCACAAGAGCACCAGCCUGCACUCGCCGUCGCUGGCCAAGGGCAGCGGCGCGGGCUCGGGCGCGGGCGGCGGGGCGGCUGGCACCCCGCGGGGCUUCCAGGACCUCAACGCGUCCUCCGAGAACCUG